UUUUGUUGGUUCAGUCGAAUAGACAAUCUUGUGACGUUAUAAUAAAUACGUGUUCCAUAACGGCUCGGAAGUAUCCAUCCGUCCACUGGGUGUAGCCACUUUCAAUCACAUCCAUGAGGCGACCACAGUGCCCGGCCACCGCCAACAUAGGGGGAGUGUACUCUGCGGACGGCCAAGUGGUCGUCCACCGGAGGCACCACGAAUGGCCCAUAUUCCGGAAGAAUUCCCGGAAAAGGAGCGGAAGUGGGUACGAGUGGGAACAUGGAGCCCGGGUACGCAACUGUACCCAGCUCCACUGGUCACUAGACGCGGCCGUACCCAGGGUUCGUCGCCAGGAGCUGAUACCUCGCGCCAAGCUCAAACCCGCGAUCCACCAAAAUAUCUGGCGAACCAUGAGCAGUUCCAGUGACUCUGUGCGCCGCCCCGCACUUCACGUCCCACCGCCCGUCACUGAAUCAGCAGACGCAGGGGAGCAGCCAGGGGUGCGUAGAAGCAGCAAGUACGAUAUCUACGGGUCCGCGACCAAGCCGUUCGGGGAGAGCUACCGUCGAAGUCUCAUAUUCCAGGAUCAGGACUUGGGGAAUGGCAAGGACAGAGAGGAUUCUUCACUGGACACUGACAGUGUAGAGGAGACCAUGGGGUGCUCGUCAUCCAAGACGGAAGUGGCAUUGAACGAGGAGACCGUCAAUGGGAGCUUCAUCAAUGAAGAUGUGAAGCCGCCGAAACCAAUAACACCCGAGAUCAGGGUGAACCCACAGAAAGCAGUGGUUGGGCACGACACUCUCAGUGGACCUGAGGAAAACAGAGGCUACUCUACUACAGCAGAGGGACUGAGUAACUACGAUAUCAUCUACGGCUCGGACAACAAAACCGAGACCGACAGUGGUUACAGUACCACUGACAUUUAUUCAGAAGUUAAGAAGCCUGACAAGAAUGAUACUGAAGUGGAAAACACUUACCAGACCAUCGAGAAAACUCCUAGAGAGAUGUUAAUGCAGCAGAUCAGAGACAGGAAAGACGAAAUCGUUAUAAAAGAAGAACACACUUAUAGUACCAUCAACAAGAUCGAUAAGACUAACAGGGAGGAAAAUAAAAUCAGAAGGAAAAGUGAUAAAGAGGAAGAAAAUACGGCUUUAUGUGUAAAAAGUCAAGAAGAUAAAAAAAUAAAUACUAUUGUUACUAGUGCGCCAAUUUCAUUUGUAGAAGAGGAAUACUCUUAUGAACCGGACAAGAAAGAAGCGACUAGUAAACUAGUGGUGAGAUCUCGAAGUUUAGUGAAUUUAGAUCAAAAUCAGUUUAAUUACAAUAGUACCUUAAGUUGUACCCUGAAAAGACCGAACACGUUGAAAAUUACAACUAAACCAGACGGGUCUAUAAGGUACGGUUUGAAACACGGCUCUUCAGAAUCUGACUUACUAGACGAUGAUAUGAAUGAACCGAUCCCCCAAGGAAACGAAACCAGAAGCAAUUAUGUUAGCAGUAUCAAAAAUGCCUUUGACGCCGAGAUUGAAAAACGAAACCAGAAUAAAAACGGCAAGGCAGAAGCAUUUGAUGGACUAAGACAAUAUUUCCACGAUAACAAACACGGACUCCAAGAGCUUCUAAUCAACAAUAAUGUAGUGAUAAUAGAACCGUUCAGGCACGAGCCACCGAGAAGCCCGAGUGAAAAAUCGGACAAUGGCUCCCACAGGACUUGUAGGAUAACAGGAGCAACAAUAAAGUCGCCAACAAACGAACAAAAUAAAUUGAUCAUGACUUCAAACACACUACCAAGAAGAAACAUAAAAUCUCGUCAAAAUCUUCGGCAAGGGUUUUACCAUCCUAUCAAGGUGAACAAGGAACUCAUCGACGCGGAACUACCUGAUCCAGAUAAAGUUAAAUCAGCAAGAGAACUGUUCGAAAAGGUAUUUAAGUCCAAGUCAACAUCUGAAGUGCCGGCUAAGAGAUCUCCCGCUAAAUCAUUUUUCAAUACCAUAUCAGGCAAGAUGAAAAUUACACCAGAGGUAAAAGUAAUUCAAGAUGGUAAACUAAUGACGACAACCGAUAAAAAGAAGCAAGGCAAGUUCACGAUUGACCAAGUUAUGAGGGAAGAGACGAAACGUUAUCCUCUACACAGGAGAUGGACGGAUAGUGGGAGCUUAUCUUCUGGGGUGAGCAGCGACUUUAGCUGUGAUCAAGACUUUGAGUUCCCUCAUGAGAUUUCAAAUGGCGGCAGCAACCAAGACAUUCUGGAGGAAUACAGUAGUGGAGACGACGACGCGGAGUACAUAUAUCCCUAUGAUGAUGAUGAAACUCAUCCGAUCUCAUCAGAGGUGCUAAAUAAGAUAAGAGCUUGUGGAACCACUAUAACCUACUACGGUGGUAAAGUGAUAUCUAUGAGCCACAGCCAGUUUAGGAGCCCCAUGACAAUGACGAUAAUGGACGAAAUCAGACAAAGAGGAGGUACCAGUGAAGGUAGGAAGAAAUUCGAAUCAGAUUCCCAAGAACCUUCCUUAGGAGUCAAAUUCCGGCUUGUCAAGAGCAACAGUUGUGGCAGCAGGUUAGAAAUUGCCGGAACCGAGGAGGAAUGCAGUACGAAACUGGUCAGUCCUGUCCACGAGAACUUCCGCGGUAAAAGCAUCGCUGAGGAAGUGGGCGAAGUCAACGAAGAGGAAGAAGCGAAUAAUCCGGAUAAAGAAGAGAAAAUCAAUCCGACAGAAGAAGAAGAGGAAGACAAAGCCGAGGCGGAUAGAUACGUCACAAAUAUUGAAGUCGGACAGUCCAAGAACCCCCAGGUGAUGACAUGGGCUGAGCUGAAGCUAAAGGAAGCGAGAAAACAGUGGCACUGUGCCCCGGAGGCGGUUAGGAUACCCGAACAAGACAUGGAGUUCGAGACUUUCGAGGUGAUGGACGACUCGAAACCGCACUUAGUUGAGAAGAACGAGACUGGAAGAGGAUGAUAGCUACAUCAGCUGGAAGCAUAACAAAAUAAAUGCUAAUCGAACUAAGUCAAUACAUUAGAUAUUUAGGAAAUAAACUGAAGCUAAUUUUAAGAGAAAGCUAACGAACCAAAUAAAUUACAGUGCAAUAUCGAAGUAAUCUUAAAAUAAUUUUACUUAAAAGAGUGGAUGGGUGAAAUUAGAUAGUUUAUUCUGUAACACAAGAAUACCCGAAAGCAAAAAGAAGUUAGCAUACAAUUUAGUGAGCCUUUUGUGUGGUAUUUUCAACAUCAAAUUAUAAAACAUCAUUACAAAACAAAUAAUUUAGAAUUUUUCAUGUUCUUUUUAAUUCAAUGAGUGCUGAUUAAACUUAUUAUCUAGACAUAUAUAUUUUUAGGUAAUAUUUUUAUUUCCGUAAUAUUGUGAUGUAGUCCUAUCCUUUACCUUACUAUUACUAUUUAUUGUGUAUAUAGGCUACACAGUUUACUUUAGGGGAAACGUACCAAAUAUUGCAACACAAGUCACCAAUAAUCAAAGCACCAUUGAAUGCUGUGGCAUAUGUAGCUGUAGUAAUGUAUUAUUGUACUUAAAUAAUUCACUUGGUUGUAUCCUAAUUUUUGUGUAAGUUCAAAUGUUGAUUGAAUAUUACUUGUAAGCUAUACAGCUUUAUUUUAAAGUGUUAUGUAAAUGUAUUGUAUAAAUGUAAAUAUGAGUAAUUCAAUAAAUACACAAGUACAUAAAACUA